CCCCGCGGUGUUUGUGAGGAAACGUGCUGCUGGGGCGAUGAGCUGGUUAAUAUUUACUUUGUGUUCAGGCCGUCAAUGGUCAAGUGUUGGAACUAAACUAACCCGCUGUAAUCUGUCUGCACACAACCGCACAGGUCAAAUGGCCUCAGACUGGCUCCCUCCGGCCGAGAGAGAUCAGUUCCUCAUGGAGCUCAAGGCCACGGGCUGGGUGGAAGUAGAGGACCGGGACGCUCUCUACAAGGAGCUACACUUCAAAACCUUCAACCAGGCUUUUGGCUUCAUGUCUCGAGUGGCUCUGCAAGCCGAGAAGAUGAACCAUCACCCGGAGUGGUUCAAUGUUUAUAACAAGGUCCAGAUCACUUUGACUACACAUGACUGUGGAGGAUUGUCAAAGAAGGACAUUCGACUGGCCAAGUUUAUUGAUAAAGUUGCACUGUCCCUGUAGCUCCUUCUUAAAAAAAAAAAAUAAUAAUUUAAAUGUUUGAAAAGGUACAACAUAAUACAUUAAAAACUGAGAAUGACAUUUGUGUGAAAAGUCGUCUUGGUGGAAGUUAAGCUUAUUUUCAUUAUGAAAAAAAAAAGCUUUGUAUUUUAUAUAUUUUUUGCAUUGUAUUGCUUAAUAAAAAUUUAAAUAGCUUGUUUAUUCUCAAAGUUGUCUUUUUAAAAUUACUUUUCUUGACCUGAUAUUCAUGAUUAUGGUAAAUGCACAUCAAACAAUGCCCUUGGGGGGCAAUGGUGGCUCAGGGUUACUGACCAGAAGGUCAGGGGUUCAAGCCCCAGCACCACCAAGAUGCCACUGUUGGGUCCUUGAGCAAGGCACUUAACUCCAGGUUGCUCCGGGGGGAUUGUCCCUGUAAUAAGUGCACUGUAAGUCGCUUUGGAUAAAAGUGUCUGCCAAAUGCAUAAAUGUAAAUGUAAAUGUAAACAAGGGAUGGAAUGAUGUAUGAGAUCUGAUUUUUAAAAUAAUUAUUUAGAUGCAUUUGUUUACAAUAAACAGGAAGACCACAUCAGUGUUACUGUAAAAUGAAGUGCACACUUAUAAUCAUAUGGGUCAUUCUUAGCAUUCGGUGCCAUUUGAGUCCUCAUGACAUAAUGUGGUAUAUUUUGAGUAAAAAUGGGCUAAUACUUGUUUUUAAAUGAUCAUCUUAAAUACUUAACCCCCCUUUACCAUAGAACACAAUAAUAUGUACCCAGGAUUAAUUAAUUAAAAAAUAUUGACCCUGAUUUUAGUGCAAGUAGACUAAACUGCCAUGUCCCCAAGUAAGCUUGUAUAACUUCAGCCACAAAUAUAAGUAAUAAAAAUCUAAUAAAUUCGAAAUUUUUCAAUAUUGUUGUAUAUUCUUAUUUAUAAUAUUCCUCAACAAAAUAUAUUUUUUGUUAGUAAUACAUUUUUAAUGCUUAAAGUCUUUAAAAUAUGUUGUCUCCCUGAAUUGAAUGUCCCCCGUUACUCUUAUGGAAAAUCCCACUGAACACGCCCCUUGACUGUUACUCUAAUCACAUGACUCUCAGGAAUUUGAAUACUUUUUGGCAGCAAAUUCUCUUCAAGAAGCAGAGUAAGUAUCACUCCUUAAUUCACCCUUGUUUCAAUGUUUAAGAAUGAUUCACUGAUGUGGUAAAGCAUAAAAUGUCCACCCUGUUAUGCCUAUUUAUAGUGGAAACUUAUAAUUGUUUUUAAUUUUGAAAAUAUGGUUAAUAAACAGGUUAAAAAUCUUCCUCAGUGAUCACUGCGCACUAGCUUGUUUUUCAUCACAUGAGUAGCAAUGGCUAACUUUAGCAUAAAAUGUCCCUCCUGUUACUGUCCACCCUGUUACUGUUUUGCACAGUAACAGGGUGGACAUAUUGUAACACAGUAGGUGUAAAUGCUAAAUAAAUAAGUGUUUAAAGCUUGAAUUGGUAUUAUAAUUUAUUAUAAUACCAAUAUAUAAGCCAUUGCUACUCAUAAGAUGACCACAACCUUUAAACAAGAGGUCCAUCCAGCUAGAGAAGACAGUGUGGGAUUUCAUAGAAAAACACCUGGGAUGCUGGUUUGUUCAGUAGUUUACUGUUGCUAUUACUGUUAUCUGUAAACAUAUGAACUUCAAAAAAGUGUGAAUUUUAAGUUAUCUAAAAAAUGUUUAAGUUUGAAUGUUGAUGUGGACAUGUGUCUUUCUUCAUCAGGGGGUGCCAGGGUAAAUGAGUUGAUGACAUUUAUUGUUGUUCAGUGGUGUGAUGU